AUGUCACUCGAAUCUCUAAAUGGGAAGGUAAUCGCCAUCACUGGCGGUUCAUCUGGCAUUGGACUUGGGGUGGUCACAAAGCUCCUCAAGAUUGGAGCCAAAGUAGCCAUCGCGGAUCUGAAUCGUCCAACUGCGGAGGUUCUGGACAGCUUUGGCAAGGCUGACGUCGACUACAAGUUUACAACACUGGAUGUAUCUGAACGGGAGGCCGUCCACCAGUGGGUCGAGUCAGUCGUCCGAACUUUCGGCCGUCUCGACGGCAUGGUUCCCAACGCCGCGAUUUGUCCAGACGAGGAAAACUAUUGGGGGGAUAAACUCAUUCAGCAAAUGAUCGGCGUCAAUAUCAUGGGAGUCUGGCAUUGUGCCACCGAAGCCUACAUGCAGUUCCAGAAGCAAAACGGUCCUGGCGUGAUUGUUGCCACCACCAGCUGUCAAGGCAUGCGGGGAGGUCCCAAUGUCCCCGGCUACACAGCCACUAAGCACGCCGUCAUCGGGCUGGUGAGGGCAUUGGCGGUGGACUGGGCACCUCAAGGAGUGAGAAUAAACGCAGUCGCUCCAGGAGUCAUCGACACUCCACUCCAAAAAGCGAGAUCAACUGAUCCAGAGCAGCUUGCGUACUUCAUGUCAAAGGUACCACUGCGUCGAGUAGGAAAGGCCGACGAAGUUGCGGAUAGUUUUCUUUUCCUCCUGUCGGACACUUCCACCUACGUGACUGGAACGGUACUAUCCUGCGACGGAGGACUGACAAUCUAG